AUGCAAGGUCUGCUAGCCCUUGCAGCUGUGGAGGGGCAUGCCGUAGGGAAUGCAGAGAGGUCGCUUCUGGAGCGGACCGUUGGGCGAACGUGCAAUUGUCUGUGGGCCAGAAUGCUGGAGGGGGCAAUGUUGGUGCUUAGUGCUGUCAGACUUUUGGCACUGGGAACUUUUGGGCUUGUGGCACAUGUACCCGAUAGCUUUUGCCAAAUGGUCGCCCGUUUUGCCCAAGAACUGCGAGGGAAGUUGGAUGGCGACAUCUUCAUCGUUCAGGCAGGAGACUCAGCCAGUGGAGCCAACGUGAGGGGAAAAGACAGGCGCAUGGGUGACUGUCCAGUUGGAAACAUUGUGAAUUGGUGCCUAAAUCGCUCUCUUGGGGGAUUAUUGCCCUGGGUGCUUUCAAGAGGUGAGAGGAUAGGGACACUGGGUGCCCCAUGUCGUGACACAAGAAUGCAGAGGUCCAUCAACUGA